CUCCAUUGUUAAAUCGAUCAAGCCAGGGGGCAAGUGGAGCGAGGACGACACGGGAGAAAACAGGGAGAAGGGUGGUUUAUCAUUUCGUUAACAAACAUGCAGAGGGCGGUUUUCCGGUGGCUUUCUCCUCUCCGGCGAGGCAAGAACGGCUCCCCCUUCUCUGGCCUUGCCGCGGCGCAGGCAGAGGUGGAAACCCUUUCCGGGAAGAACAAUGCAGGCCUACCGAAAUUACCCCCGUUCGACUACUCUCCUCCUCCGUACGAUGGCGCCCGGACGGCUGAGAUUCUCCUAAAGCGCUCCGAGUUCCUCAGCCCUCUCUCUUACAUUUAUACAAGAAUCUUGAAUGUUGUUGAUGGCAAGAUGCAGUACUUGUAUGAUGAGGAUGGCAAGCGAUACCUUGAUGCUUUUGGCGGAAUUGCCACCGUGUGCUGUGGGCAUUGUCAUCCAGAGGUUGUUGAAGUUAUUGUAAACCAGAUCAAACGGAUUCAACAUUCUACUGUUUUAUAUCUCAAUCACGCCAUUGCAGAUUUUGCAGAAGCAUUGGCUUCUAAGAUGCCUGGUGAUCUCAAGGUUGUAUUUUUCACAAAUUCUGGUACAGAAGCAAAUGAGCUUGCCUUGAUGAUUGCCCGACUUUAUACUGGCUGUCAUGAUAUUAUAUCAAUCAGAAAUGCAUACCAUGGAAAUGCAGCUGGAACAAUGGGAGCCACAGCUCAGUCAAUUUGGAAGUACAAUGUUAUUCAGAGUGGAGUACAUCAUGCGGUGAAUCCAGACCAAUAUAGAGGUGCUUUUGGAUCUGAGGGUGAAAAAUAUGCCAAGGAUGUUCAAGAAAUUAUUGACUUUGGAACGUCUGGACGGAUUGCAGCUUUUAUUUCUGAAGCAAUUCAGGGAGUUGGUGGUAUAAUGGAAUUAGCUCCUGGUUACUUGCCUGCUGUAUAUAAAACAAUCAAGAAUGCUGGGGGCCUGUGCAUAGCAGAUGAAGUUCAAUCAGGAUUUGCACGAACCGGAAGCCAUUUCUGGGGGUUUGAAGGCCAUGGUGUUAUUCCUGAUAUAGUGACCAUGGCAAAGGGCAUUGGUAAUGGGAUACCUAUUGGGGCAGUUGUUACCACUCCAGAAAUUGCUGAGGUGCUGACCAGGCGAAAUUACUUUAACACUUUCGGCGGAAAUCCGGUUUGUACUGCUGCAGGGCAUGCUGUUUUAAGAGUGAUAGAGAAAGAAAAGCUUCAAAAGAAUGCAUCUGUUGUGGGAUCUUACCUGAUGGACAAACUCAAGAAGUUACAGGAAAAGCAUGAAAUCAUUGGUGAUGUAAGGGGAAGGGGCUUGAUGAUUGGUGUUGAGUUAGUGUCCGAUCGACAGGAAAAAACUCCAGCCAAGGCUGAGAUCUUGCACAUAUUGGAACUUAUGAAAGAAAUGGGAGUAUUAAUUGGAAAGGGUGGCUAUUAUGGGAAUGUUUUUAGAAUAACACCUCCUCUUUGCUUCACCAAAGAAGAUACAGAUUUCCUGGUUGAUGUGAUGGACGUCGCAAUGUCAAAGCUCUGAAGUCCCUUUCUGCUUCUUAUUUGAUACAUUAAGUGUUAUACCGUAAUCCCAUAUGCCUGUACAUUUAUUGCGUUGUAAGAUAUCAUUGUACUGUGGCAUCGGCCUCUUGUUUUGUAUGGCAAGUAUUCACUUAUUGAAAUGAAUCUCUCUCCCUUCCCCCUUA